AGCUUCCUCCUCCCUCCACCUCCUCCACUAGGUCAAAGACGCCCUCAGCAUAAGCCGUGACGGAGCAAACGCUGUCCACAUGGCCUCAAAACGCACCACUGCGCUUUCCACCAGGAAUAUUUAAUUAACACGGAAUAUGGCGGAGAUGACGGCGACGGUGGCGAAAAAAACUCCACUGCGGAGAUCCUUCAGCGAGCACAUGAAAGUCUCCACCAAUAAGGCUUGGGAUGCCUUCUGGAGGAGCACGAGGGAGAGACGGCUGUGGGAGAUUGAAGCCAAGGAGGCCUGCGAUUGGCUGCGAGCAGCCGGCUUCCCUCAGUAUGCGCAGGUAUUGAAAGACUGCAAGUUCCCCAUCGACAUCGAAUUCGCCAAGAGGGAUCACCAGUUCUUGGAUAAGGAUGCUCUGGAUUCCCUCUGCAGGCGAUUAAUCACUUUGAAUAAAAGUGUGGAAAUGAGGCUGGACUUGCCCAAACCAAAACAUCAAGUGGAUGAUGACUUUAUCGACGAAGAUUUCUGCGCCAUCAGCCCAAGCUGGACCUACGACAGGCGGAUGCGACAAUGGCGGCACAUCGAUCCUCCUAUGGACUUCCUCCGCUUGUCUGACAGCUCCAGCACUCCUCAGGACAUGUCUCCAUGUGACAACCGGGAUGUCAGAGACCACCAUGAUGUCUGCUCCAUCCACAGUUCCAGCAGCACUGAGAGCGAAAGCCAAAACAGGCGCCAUAAGAGUCACAGAGAAGAUGCUGUUAACCAAAGCACCACAGACGAUCAGGGGACCAGCAGAAGCUCCUCACGCUGCUCCUCUUCAAACAAGACUCCAUCUCUGGAUAUCUCAUUCAGUGGACCGCCUUCACCUGGAGGUGUAAGUGGGGGAGGGUCAUCCAUGAGUCUGGAAGCUGAGGCCUGCGUCACAGAGAAACCACCUCAGAAAAAGGGAACCAGUCUGCUAAGGAAAAUGGAGAAACUGCGGCUGAGAGGGACAACGGGCCUCCUCUCUGUUCCGAGGAACCCCGGGACUCUGGCUCAGCGGGUUGUCCGAGAAACUGAAGGGGACAGGAGGAUGGGAAGGGGUCCAUCAAGCCACGCAUCUUCAUCACCAUCAUCACCUCACCCGAUGAGCAGCAGCAGCAGUAACAGCCACUCGGAGAGCAGCAGCGUUGUCAGCACGCCGAGCCCUGUCACACGUGUCCGGAGUAACUGCAAACGCUGUAACAGUGCUUCCGAAAACGGCAAGGGAUUGCCACGCAACAACAACCAGAACAGGAACACAGAAAACAAGGACUACAAGGACCAGAUCAACAACAACAACAACAACAUCAGCCACGAGGCCCUGCUCUUCCAUAUCCCCCAUGGACACAAGCCGGGGACUUUCCCCACUUCCCUUGCACACAAACACAACCUCCUGUCUCCUGUCAUCGAUGAAACCUCCAUCAACUGGAGGACUGGUAGUUUCCACGGUUACCAGAGCCGCCGAAGUUGCCGUCGGGGCAUGGCAUCGCCCACCACCUCGUCGCCUUCUCCCAGCGACGCCGGCAUUCGACUGAGUAUCUAUGACAACGUUCCAGAUGACCACCAACUGUCUGAAAGUGAAGGUGGUAGUGGUGGAAGUGUUAGUGAUGCGGAGCGAAUGGGGGAUGACUCCGAGGUAACUCGACUGUUGGUAGGCGAGGAUGUUUUCUCCGCUCUGGACACGGUUUUAGAAAGGAUCAACGACCUGCAGCAACUCGUCUCCACCUGGACUGAAAAUCUAUCUGAAGACGACUCUCAGCAAGAUUCCACCUCUGCCUCCUCCUCUUCCUCUUCUACUUCCUCCUGCUCCCACGAUUCACUUGCGCAUUGCUCUUCAGCCACCUCCCCUUGCCCUUCCUCACCUACUCGCAUCCACCUGGAGGUGCAGCAUUCAGAGGAGGAGGAGGAGAGCUGUGAGAAGAUAUCUGAGAGCAGAGACCAGUCAAAGACCAGAUCAGCGCAAGACAAGAGCAGAGUGAGCCAGCAGCUGCACUGGUCCAGUGAGCAAAGCCUGCCGACCCUGCCAACCAGUCCAGGGGUGGAGAACCAGUCUGUUUCCCAGUUUCUUCUGCUGCAUAAGCUCGCUUUGCUCAAACUCACCGCCCUGAUGGACAAAUACUCCCCAUCCAGCAAGCAAGGCUGGAAUUGGACUGUUCCCAAACCACUGAGGAAGACCAAGGCGACACAGGCGAAAGGGCGGCGGGUUUUUGGUGUUCCUCUGCUUGUCAAUGUGCAGCAGACAGGAGAGUCCCUCCCUCCCAGCAUUCUCAGGGCGCUUGUUUACCUGAGAACAGAGUGUUUGGAUCAGGUCGGUCUUUUCCGGAAGUCGGGGUUGAAGUCUCGGAUCCAGCACCUCCGCGAGAUGCUGGAGUCCAACCCAGACGACGUUUCCUAUAAUGGACAGUCAGCUUUCGACGUGGCCGACAUGGUGAAGCAGUACUUGCGAGACCUGCCUGAGCCCAUCUUCACCUCCAAGCUGUGCGAGUCCUUCCUCCAUAUUUACCAAUAUUUUCCCAAAGAUCAGCAGCUGGUGGCAUCCCAGGCGGCUAUCAUGCUGCUGCCCGAUGAGAACCGGGAGGCGCUGCGAACAAUCCUCUUCUUCCUGCGAGACGUGGUGGCCUGCGUGGAGGAGAACCAGAUGACUCCCACAAACAUCGCCGUGUGCCUGGCGCCAUCGCUAUUCCACCUCAACGCCCUGAAGAGAGACACCAGUGCGGCAAGGUCGAGUCACAGGAAGCACAGCCUCGGCCGCCCAGACCAGCGUGAUCUAAGCGAGAACUUGGCUGCCACCCAGGGCCUCGCCAACAUGAUCACAGAGGCCCAGAGACUUUUUGAGAUUCCAGAGUUUUGGCCUGCUCAGCACCUGAGCGCCGCAGGCCAGACGGAAGAUCUUUUGAAGGAGGUGGCGGGGUCGGAGUGCCCUGGUUCUGGUAGAUGCGAGGACGAGCUGGAGGAGAGGAGGCAGAAGCUCCAGAUGAGCACCCAUCUGCUUCUGAAAGAAACCAGGGAGAAGAGCCGAGGCUGGGAGAACCAAACUGCUCCGGAGGCUGUAACACUGGCCCUCAAGAAGAUGGACGAUGGUUGCCCCCUGUGGAUGUGGCGAGGCUCAGUGGAGGUGGAAGCCCACCAGGAGGAUUUGUUGCACCGUCUGCUUCGGGAACACGAGCUGUGGGAGGGAGGCUUGCACCAGGCUGCCAUAAUACAGACCUUGCCCAAAGAUGCAGAGGUCUAUCGCUACUUCCUCCACGGCCAGGGCCACGGUCUGGGCUCCUGCCCGCCCCGGGAGCACCUGCUGCUCAGGACCUGGCAGACAGACCCUUCCUGUGGCCCGCUCUAUCUAUCCUCUGUGUCUAUUGACCACCCCGAGGUGCCAGUGGAGGGGGUCAGAGUCCACACACACUCCUGUCUCUACCUGCUGCAACCCAUCGGAGUUCGGAGGACCCGGCUGACGCACUUGUGCCGAACUGACGAAAGGGGGCGCUCACAAGCGUGGCACCACAAAGUGAGCGGACAUCGUCUGGCUGCGGGUCUGUUGGCGAUCCAAGACUCCUUCAGAGCUGAGCUCAAAGAGACCAGCGCCUGAUUGGAGGGUUUUUUGGGCGCAUCAAAAAGGUAUUACCCUCCACGCUCCCUUGUCUUGUUGAACUGCAGAAUUUCACUUUUUUUACCCCCCCAAAGUGGAACUCCCCAACACACAGCUGGGAUCUUUCCCCACAUUACUUGCCUCUUUGGCUACCGUUUGAGAUUGUUCCCGUCGGCGGCCUUGAAAGACGGUGAGCGUCUCCCCAAUGAGACGUGCUCAAUUCCAUGAAAAAAAACCCAUAAAAAACCCCACAGUAAAGGAUGAAAGAAACCAAAAGCAGCAGCAAGCAGCAAGCAGACGGCCCACGGACGCACACAAAUACAGGAACUAAGGACAAGGAUAAGGAAGUCUGGAUUUGUAUUUAUUUUUUGGUUAAAUCUGAGAAAACCGGAGGCGGAGGGAGACACCGUAGCCAUAUCUACCUCUCCACAGGGUGGCGCCAAAGUGUCUUUGAAAUGAUUGACAGAAAACUUGGCGCGCUUUCGAGGGCCAAUCCUUUUGGACGCUGAUUGAGACACGACGAAUACUCCCUGAAUGAUUCAACAUGAGCGUGCUUUUGGACGCUUGUACAAUCUCCUCGGCGGAUACAAAAGGUGCAUCGGAAAAUUGACCAUUUUUCCACUCUAUUUAAUUCAACUGCAAAUAUCAGAUAUUUAAGUCAAGGCUUUCAACAAAGUGUACUUGAUUAAAGAGUUUUUCUCUGAUAAUCUGCGUCCUGUUUUCUUUGACGGGGUGAAGACGAGCCGCUACAGAUUGAUGAACCAAGUCACCUUUUUUCACUCGGGUCUACUUUGCAUACAUUUCCAUAUCUUCCCCAUUGAUCUGAGAUUGGACGAUUUAAUCUCAGAUAAAAACUUGACAACGCGGGGAGUAAAAACCCGUUCGGUGUGGUGAGGACGGCGCAGCCCCGUCUAAGCGGGAUUUGGAGGAAGAGUAAUUAAUAGACGAGGCCUACAGGCACCUGCUGAUAAAUCUUGCUACGUGUUCAUUGUUUCAGUUUGGAGCUAAAACAACUUGAAGUGACAUUUUGGACCGCUCCCUUGGGCUUGGCCAAAAAUAUGUCGUAACCCACUUCUCCAAAGGCCGAAUGCAUUAAUCAUGACAAAACUAGUGCGUGCAUUUUUAGCUUUUUAGUUAUGUUUGACGGGCUUCUACGUCACAUUCCUGCCACUGUGCCAACUACCGCUAAUUACCUGCACAAUCCCGACAUACGUGCUGCUACGUGCAAAAAUGGGGAAAACCGCAGGAGACACGCACGCGGCCCGCACGGAUUUUCAAACCCACAGACAGCACGCAAGGAAACCUUGCACGCAGCCAGGUGGCAAGGGCAAGUCAGAGGAGGAGUGCGGCCACGGCAGCACACCUAGCAUGCACGAGUCACACGCCACACUCACCAUCUAAAAGCCACGGCAAACAAAUUUCCCCAAAAUUGCAGAGCCCGUGUCUGUUGGGAUGUAAGGCCCACUUUAUGCUGACAAAGUAAGAUCUUAUUUAUGUUUGCUUGUUUGUUCUUGGUGUUCUUAUUGUCCAUUAAUGCAUUUAUAUAAAUGUUUUUAUUCCAGCUAUCUAUGCUAACAUUAACGUGCGUGUUAAUAUUUCAAGGGAAACGUGACGAUACUUCAAUUAACACCAACACCGUCCCAGCGAUUCAUGCUAAUAUUUGCAUGCUGUCAUGCAAGUGUCACUUGUUGAUAUUUCCGUGAAGAACUUUAAGAUAUCUAGUGUAGCUGUUAUGCUUGUACUGACUCGUACUGACUCUCAAAGUUAUACAAGUUUUAUAUUGACGUGCGCAAAGCCACCUGCUGGGUAAAGACGGACUUGACAUUGGUUUGGUACUAGUGGAGCACCAUGUGAGGGCAAGUUGUGACGUGUUUGGAACCUGAUGCUAACUGAUAAAGCUAAACAGCUAACUAGGCAAGUAAAAAAAAAAAAAAAGUCUUCAAAAGGAGGCGGGGCGGGCUUGUUUCAUUAGAGCUUUUUAAUUAAAUGUCCAAAAUAGGAUGUGUAGCGGGGCUUGCCGUGAACUCACAUCCUCUGGACGGGGGUGAUGCCCAAGAUGUCAAAACCUUUGGCCAUGAUGGCUGCCGUUGCAUCGCAGAGCAGCAUCCUCCACAUGUUGACCUUCACCACCUCACCUGAGAACAAACUUUCAUGUAAGUAUGAAUAUAAUCCAAUUGUACUUCAAUUGCGAUAUCUAUCAUUUGGAAAAGGAGGAAAACACACCAGAGCAGAUAAAACUCACCCCCUGGAGUUGCUAGUACAUUAGCUUGCAGUGCUAAUAGAGAAUUAGCAUAAUUAAACAGCUCUAAGCCUGAAGUGCUAACACUCCAGUGCGUGGCAGGGAUGAAUUGCUAAUAGGAGCUAGAGUUUUGUGCCAAGGCUGCUGUGUUUUCCACAACAAUUUCUCUGAGUUUCUAGCUCUGAUCCUUGUACCCGUCUGCCGGUCCUUCUCCACGCAGUAGCAGCUGUCGUAGAACUCGGUGAAGGUGGUGGCCAGCUCAUAGAGGUAGUCGCAGAGCGUGUGCAGCAGCAGGUCGUCCAGGAUCUUCUGCAGGAUCUCCGGAAAGCGAAGGAUGCACUUGCCCAGCUUCCACUCCUUCUCGUGGUCCAGGAGGACCUCGGUGGUCUGGGCCGCUUUCCUCAGCGUGGCCUCGUCGAUGUUGGCUAAGCGGGCGAUGGACCUGCAAAAUAAUGCAAAUCGUACAGAUGUCACAUCCCGCUGCGAGGGGCCUAUGACCAAAAAAAAAAAAAAAAAGGGUCAGGGCUAACCUGAUGCGAGUGAAGGCGUAGAGGAGGUAUGCCGCCGUGUUGCCGCGGUCAUCCAGCAUCUUGUCAAAGGAGAAGAUGUAGUCGUUGAUGCGGUUGUGAGAGAGGUCGGCGUACUUGAUGCAUCCGAACGCAACCGACCUCUGAGCUCUCGUCAGCUCCUCUGGCGUCAGAACCUGCGAAGAAUCAAUAAGGCUCGACUCACGCUCCACAAAAGUGAGGGAGAAAAAAAACAGUACAAACACCAACAAAAGUCUGGCAAGUUCACAGAGGCCGAGGCUGGUUUUAAUGAGGCGGUGGGGUGGCGGGUAAGCAGAUGGUAGGAGCGGGCACCGACCCAGACGGGCCACGCUGUUGGCACCGCUUUUACCCAGCACAACUUUUCUCAGCUUGUUAACAGUUCAACUGGAAGUCACAGUGCGUUCCAGACACGCUCUCCACCGGUCGACUUCCCUUUGUUUUGUCGGCUAAACAACAGCUGGAGUGCACAGACAGAACAAGCAGCGCCUCGGGGACCACAGAGGAGGUCAGAGCACGAACCCGACUGAUGUGCAAUAUCUGACUGAAUGAACAAGAACGAACUCGACAAUUCCACUGCCUCGUUUAAACGAUGGUCAUUUCCGGUGUAUAAGCCGCUACUUUUGUCUUCAACUUUGACAUCUCCUUUACUUCAGAACUACUACUAAUUGUUUCAAUGCUGUGUCGCUCGCGAGUCAGUGAGGAAACGGUAGAGCUUUCUUUGGCAGGAGCCAAUCACGAGCUAUCAGUGCACCCACAACGAGUUGGUCAACCCACUGGAAAUAUAACAGUUUGACUCACAGUGUCAUCUUACAAAGAACACUAAACUCAACUUAACACUCCUGAGAAAUAUACAAACAUGUACCAAUAUGAGGUUAAAAUGGAAAAAAAACAACUAUUAUUAAGUUGCAUUGCAUUGCGUCUGAGCAACGCAUUCAUUGGUGCCUGGCGGGGCGCUGCAAUGACAUCAGCCUCCGUCUGGGCUCCUCUGGCUCCCUCCGGUGGACAGAGGCAACAUUGCAGCACCAUCCAUUCAUUUUCUAUGCCGCUUGUCCUCCAGUGAAAUUCUUUUCUCAGACGAAAUGCAUUGUGUGAAAACUUUGAAAAAGAGUUGUUUUUUUAAAUUGUAAACUCGUAUUGGUACAUGUUUGCAUAUUUAUUAGGUAUACCUUUUGAGUGUUAAGUUGCUGUAUGAUGAGUUCAGUGUCCUUUGCGAGAUGACACCGUGAGGUCAGACUGUUAUAUUGAGUAACGACCGCCUGCGAUUUCCAACGGGUUGACAAGCUCUUCUUGAGUUUUUCACAGCUCAUGAUUGGCUCCUAUCAAAUAAAGAGCUGCCUGGUCCUCACGGACUGGUGCGCACCACGAUAUGCCAUUUUAUGACGUGGACAUGUGUGGCUUAUACAUCGAAAUUUACGGUAAAAGAAGAGCAGAAUGCUACGGUAGCUGAGGUUCCGAGCAAAUCCUCUCCACAAAACCUUGAAGACACCACAGCUGUGAAGAUUUCUUGACUAACGUCACCAGCCUCAGAGAACCUCACCUCACUCCAUCCACUUUCCAGCAAUGAACUGCUCUCUGCUCACGAGCAGGGAACUCCAGUCUGCCUCCAUUUUUUGGAUUUUCCCCACGCUGAAAGCCGUUUUGAAAAAAUACCGUUUCAGGACAUCCACAAUGCCGUUUCCGUGUGGCAGAUUUGACCUGAAAACGUUUCCACAUGGAUAACCCCUGAGGUCAAAGCUGUUUUUAUUCAAACCAACCGCAGUUCAAAUAAGUGCAGCCUCUCAAGUCUCUGAAGAUACCAAAGUAGUGAGGCUGGCGAGCCAUCUUCACCAGCACGGCUAACCUCACUAGUCAUGUUCCAUCCAUCUUGUCAUCAGUGCAAGGCUUCAGAAAUACGCUCUUUCCCUGCUUACUUCCGGUUUUCAUCUUUACAGUCCCUUUUAGGCACCAAACGGAGACUUUCUUACCUUGUCUCGCUCCUUCUCCUUAAGUUUGUCCAUGGAUCUCUUCAGUCCCUCCUCCAGCAGGUCCAUUAGCCUCACCGUGUCCCCGGAACGAGUCUUAAACUUCUUCCUGAGCGAGUGAAACAGAGUGUUGAAGAAGGCAAGACAAGUGCUAACAGGUUGUCCCAAAAGAGACAUCACUUCCAAUAACCUUCAAGACGACAAACGACUCAAUUAAGAUGUCAGGCAAACAAAAUCACGCAAUCAAUAAUCUCCCAUCCUUUCAGUUGCAGGGUUAUUAUUAUUAAUAAAGUAUCUUAUCUUAUCGUAUGGACAUUAUGAAAACACUGUGAUGAAUUUCUAAUAAAGAGUUUGGAGCGGAGCAGACCUCGCUGGGCCAAUUUACGCCCCCCCCCCGGGUUACCAUGGAGCCGUUUAGCAGCACUUUAGUUAUGGCCUCUGUAAGGCGUAGCAUCAAAACAACACGACCCACCCACCCGAGCCUGACCCAGCCUCGUCCUCUCUGGAUGCUUGAUGGAGAAAUAACUGCAGCGGGACAGUCCAAAAUGAUAGCGCAUGCAGUCAGCUGCAUAGUAAUGAGUGCUCGCAGUGAGAGGACUUUAAUAACACAUGGACAAAGCACUGAUAUCAGGCUGGACGUGAUCACAGUCCCUCUCUUGUCAUUAGCCUGUUGGCAUCGAGCAGCUUCAUGCAAAAAACAGACGCUGACUCGUGGUGGACUUUAAUUAGCUGUGCUAUGUCCAAAAACUGUUUAAAUGUUUAAGUUAGCGUUAUAGCAUUUUUGCCCCUACACGGUGUGGUCAGACAUUUCUCCAAAAGACAACCCCUUCGGUAUCGGCCAUUUUAGACGAUUUUGACUGAUCUUUCAAGGCACAGAGAAUAUUGCGUUCUAUGGCGAUAUCAACAUGGAACCUACCAAAAGACAGAUUAGACUGCCGCCUUUCAUCAGAAAAAAAGUCAGUUUCUACCUUUUUCUGUUCUUUAGUAAUCAACAGUAGAACAGAGGUAAAGUAUCAGUUCCCGGCAAGAAAGGGGAGAAAAACAGCUUUUUGUGAAAAGAUAUUCACUUUGGCACAUUUUUUUGCUUGUGUGACAGCUCAAAUAUCUCAACAACCAUACCACAACAUAACACAAAAAAGGGUUGUGUGCACUCGCUAAAAUUUCCCUACAACCUUCUGCACGCUGCACUCCGCCACGCUCUUCCACUUCCUCCUUGCUGUCGAGUGUGUUUUUGUAUGCAAAAGACGCAUACCGAGCUUUUAUCAAAUGCACUUCUGCCACCUUGUGGCCGGUGUUGUGGCUUAAAACCGCUUUAAAAGUGACAUCUUUUGCUGUGCAGUCAUCACCUCUUUAUGCCUCUCGCGCAAAAAAAUGUAUAAGAUGUAUAAAUACGUCUUUGGGAUCGAGUGUUCGGGUUUAUACAAACGGAUAAAUAUGUCUUUGGUAUUGAAUGAGUUAAUAUUAUGAUUUUAUUCUACUAAAAUUACUGUGGCUUUUUUCCCUUUUUUGCAGGGUUUUUUUGUUUUUAGGAUGUGCUAGGGGCCAGGGGCCAAUAAAAAAAAAAAAAAACUGCUGCGGGACACAAAUGGCCCCUGGUUUAAUGAGUUGAACUGUUGCUGUAGCAUAUUAGCAUUUAGGCCCCUAAACUCUGACUGUUAGCAUGUAGGAACCAAAGUCUGGUGUACAGUCUUACUUGUCUUCUCCCAGCACCACUCCAAAGCCUGCAUGCUCCACCCGGGUCACCUGGGGGUCAUACCAGCCGAUCAUCCUGGCGGCAGCAAACACCACCUGGAAGUGUGUGGCCUGUAGAAAAAAAACAAAAACAAUCACACAGCAUACGCAAAAUGUCACCAAUCAUUCCCCCGUCCUAUGUAACCUCCUUCGUCCACCCACCUGCCCGCUGUCCGUCACAUAGAUGAUGAUGUCGGCCUUCUCGUCGAAGAUGCGCUGGCGUAUGGCGGCGAGGUCCGACGUGUCGUAGGUGUAGCCGCCGUCCGACUUGACAACAGUGAGUGGGAUAGACUGACCUGGGGCAAAAACAAUCUUGCGACCCUCGUCCAUCUGGGUCAGGCCUGUUGGGAGGACGACAGGAAGGUCACAUUAAGACAGAAAAAGCGUGAUGAAGUGGAUUAAUGAGUGAGGAACACCAGCAGGAGAUACAAAGAUGAACAGAAAAAGAGGGUUAGAAAUGAAUGAUGCAACAUUGCCCCCUAGUGGCCUUAUCAUGACAAUGCACAUUUACUGAAGGAGCAAUUAGAUGCACUCACCUUUCUCCUCAAACUCCUUCACCACCGCCGUCAUCAAGUCCUGGUAGUAAGACUCCCCUCUCUCUGUGAUGUGUACAUCCAGGCAGUCGUAAACCUUCUGGAACUCUAAAACACACACACACACACACACACACACACACACACACACACACACACACACGCCACAUUACAAACAGCCAGAGUCAAAAUGAAAGGCGAAAAAACCCCAACUUGAUCAGGUCAAUAGCUCUCCGUUGACUGUAGCAAACAUGUAAAAUAAUCUACAAUAACAACCGACAAUAACGGCAGUAAAGGUAGAGUAACGGCCAUAUUGUGCCACCAUUACAAUUAACAUCACAAUCAAAGUGAAAAAGUAAAUAAUGAAUAAUGCUGCACUGCUGCAAUAGACAGCAAUAUUAUUAAUAUAUAUAUAUAUAUAUAUAUAUAUACACACUGCUCAAAAAAAUUAAAGGAACACUUGGAAAACACAUCAGAUCUAAACUGGGGGAAAAAUGAUCUUUCCUGAUAAUAAGUGGGUGAUGUAUUAGUAACAAAAUGAUGCCACAUAAUUUGAUAGAAAUGAAAAUGAUCACCCUAUAGAGGGGGGAAAUCAAAGACACCCCAAAAAUGGAAGUGAAAAAAUGAUGCAGCAGACUGGUCCAUUUUGCCAAAAUGUCAUUGUAGCAACUCAAAAUGAUUCUCAGUAGUUUGUGUGGCCCCCACGUGCUUGUACGCAUGCCUGACAACGUCGGGGCAUGCUCCUAAUGAUACUACGGAUGGUGUCCUGGGGGAUGGCAGCAGUAAUCCUUCUGCUGCAGUCCUCCUCCUUUGAACUGAAGAUUAAUUUACAAGAUAGCAAGCGAGCUAGCAGGGCGGCACGAAGGAGACUGAUUGACAAUGGUCUACAGCCAAUCAGGACGGAGAAAACAAUCGGCGGUGCAGAUGGACAAGAGAGGGAAGAGAGACACUCAACUUCCCACAAUGCAAUUCUUCUUAAAAGGGCC